UAACUCUGUCGUUUUCCUCACACUCUCAUAGACAGAGAGAGAGAGAGAGAGAGAAGAAGAAGCAGGUCUCAUGGCGAAGCAGCUUCUUUCCCAGCUUCCUCUCCACACUCACUCCUUCCUCUGCAACGCUGCCGUUUUGUAGCUUCUUCUCGAAUAAUGCUGUAAUCACAUUCCUCCAAAUCUCUCACCGACACUUUCUUAGAUUCCACACAGGAAGAUAGUAUUUGUUUGAGGAGCUUUGUAGUCUAAUGGAGCAUUACGAGGUUCUUGAGCAGAUUGGGAAAGGUUCCUUUGGCUCAGCUCUUCUUGUGAGGCAUAAGCAUGAGAAGAAACUGUAUGUUUUGAAGAAAAUCCGGUUGGCUAGGCAGACUGGUAGAACAAGAAGAUCUGCUCAUCAAGAGAUGGAAUUAAUCUCAAAGAUACGAAACCCAUUCAUUGUGGAAUAUAAAGACUCUUGGGUUGAAAAAGGAUGCUAUGUGUGCAUUGUUAUAGGCUAUUGCAAAGGCGGUGACAUGGCUGAAGCAAUAAAGAAAGCCAACGGAGUAGAAUUCUCUGAAGAGAAACUCUGCAAGUGGCUGGUACAACUCUUGAUGGCUCUUGAAUACUUGCACGCCACUCACAUUCUCCAUCGCGAUGUCAAGUGUUCAAACAUAUUCUUGACAAAGGAUCAAGAUAUACGUCUAGGUGACUUUGGACUUGCCAAGAUCUUGACAUCAGACGACCUUGCUUCUUCUGUGGUUGGAACGCCAAGCUACAUGUGCCCUGAGCUACUUGCCGAUAUUCCCUACGGCUCUAAGUCUGAUAUUUGGUCGUUAGGAUGUUGUAUGUAUGAGAUGACGGCUCUGAAACCUGCAUUCAAAGCCUUUGACAUACAAGGGCUGAUCAACAGGAUAAACAGAUCCAUCGUUGCUCCACUUCCUGUGCAAUAUUCUAUUGGCUUUCGAGGUUUGGUUAAAAGCAUGCUGAGGAAGAAUCCAGAACUCAGACCAAGCGCUUCUGAACUUCUCAGACACCAGCUGCUUCAGCCCUACGUUCAAAAGGUUCUUCUCAAGGUGAGCUACCGAGGACAAGAUGCAUUGUCUGGUGGUGGUCAGUUACCAGAAUCUGAAUCCGCAAGGAGGAGAAAAAGUUAUCCUGAGCAGAGAAAAUGCAAGAGCUAUGGUCCAAGCAGGUUUGAGGUUGACCACCAGGUUGAUUCUGUUUCUUCUGUCAAACCCCUGCACACGUAUUUGAACAGGCGUAGUAGGCCAGUGGACAACGGUGGAGUGGUUGUUGUUCGUAGACCAGCUGUUUCCAAAACUUCAGGGGUUUCUUACAGCUCGAAACAUGUGCCAGUUAGAUCAAGCCAGCCUAAGACUGGUGGCCUGAUUUUUGAUCUCAUGUGUCAGAAACCAUCUGCAACAACAACUCGUAGGGCCUCCUUACCAAUCUCACAGAAGCCUUCAAAAGGAACAAAAGACACUAUCUACACUCCCAACAUCGGUAUACUCCUCCAUCAUCAGCUAAACUCUCCAGACGUCUCCGUAAACUCACCAAGAAUCGACACAAUCAAGUUCCCACUAGCCUCAUACGAAGAGAUGCCUUUCACUCCCGUCGUGCGUAUCAAGAAGACCAAAGGAUCGUCCAAAGGAUCAUACAGCCCGCCUCCAGAGCCGCCGCUCGACUGCUCGAUCACAAAAGACAAGUUCACGCUCGAAGAACCAGAACGCGAACAAACCACCAGAAGCUUCUUGUCUGAUCAGAACGCGACCGCUGGAGGAGCGUCGAGCAGGGGUUCCUCAGGUGGUGGUGCAUCGAGGAGGAGUAGACAGAGGUUUGACCCUAGCUCGUAUCAGCAGCGCGCUGAGGCGCUCGAGGGGUUGCUUGAGUUCAGCGCGAGGUUGCUUUUGGAUGAGAGGUAUGAUGAGUUGAAUGUGUUGUUGAAACCGUUUGGUCCGGGGAAAGUGUCGCCGAGAGAGACAGCGAUAUGGUUGUCCAAGAGCUACAAGGAAACUAGUACUAAUAAGCAAGAAGGUUAAGGAACACUGGGUUCUAAGUCCUUUUUUUGAAUCUCUUCCACGAUUUGAUAGAAGUUGUUUGACAGUUAGGCUGUGUUUCUUUGAAGCUAACCCUUGUAUCUGAUGAUACAAUGAUAUCCAAGAAAGACUGAUACCAACAGAUACAGCUUUCUGUUAACUCUGUAAUCAUUAUUCCACUUAGAACUUAUGAAUCACAUAGUAUAGAUUGCAGUUUAA